AUGUCGACUCAGCCCGCCGAGUCGAUCCUGAUCCCGACGACGUCGACCUCAACCUCGACCUCGACUGCGGUCACGACAACGAAAGCCAAGCCGAAAGCAGCCCACCACCUGCUCUCCGGCGCGCUAUCAGGCCUCACGAGCGCAGUCUGCCUGCAGCCGCUGGACCUGCUCAAGACGCGCCUCCAGCAGGGCUACGAUCUCCUGCCCGUCAUCAAGCAGGUUGUGCGCGACGACGGCGUGCUCGGAUUAUGGCGCGGAACGGAGGCGACUGUCGCUCGCAACGUCCCCGGCGUAGCGCUGUACUUUUACAUGCUCUCUUCUAUCCGAAACGAGCUCUCGCGUGUUCCCAUGUUUCAGCGCGCGGUGCAGCCCGCCGACUCCUCCGCCUCGUCACGUACCGCACUCGCCGCGCUGUCGCCAACAGGCAAUCUCCUCGCGGGCGCCGUGGCGCGGACAUCGGUCGGCUUCGUGCUGAACCCGAUCACGAUCCUGAAGGCGCGCUUCGAAUCUAAUGCCUACUCGCAGUACCGGAGCUUGACGGGCGCCAUGGCCCAUCUGUGGCGGACGGAGGGUGUCCGCGGCCUCUUCCAGGGCUUCACGGCUACAGCGGUGCGUGACGCGCCGUAUGCGGGAAUAUACGUCGUGUUCUACGAGUGGUGCAAGGAGAUUGUCGGCCGCACGAUGGCCCUCCGGCCCGACUUGGGUAUCCCGAACGCGGCGCUGCAUUCUGGCUCGGCCGUCACGGCUGCCAUGCUCGCGACGAUCAUCACGUCGCCGGCUGACUGUGUCAAGACACGAAUGCAGGUCGCCCCCGCGCAGAACCCGAACAUUCGCUCCGCCCUCGUGAACAUUUACCGGGACACCGGCAUCCCGGGCUUCUUCUCGGGCUCGUCUAUGCGCAUUUCGCGCAAGGCGGCCAGCUCAGCUAUCGCGUGGACGGUGUACGAGGGCCUGCUCCUGUUCAUGGGCAAGCAGGGAAAGCUCGGCAAGGGCGGCAAGGACGAGAAGGCCGUCUAG